AUUUUAUUGUUCUCAUUACUAGAAUUCUAUUGCAAGUUGGAUCAGUAUGUGCUGUUGACACAUACAUGAAAUACCUGUCAUGGUUGUAUGUUUUUUUGCAAAAAAUACUGGUAUAAUUUUUACUCUGAUUAGCUGUAGUUAUUUUUGUGUUAUAUGUACAGUCUUUAGAUCUGCAACCCAUGCUUGGGAUUUAUGUUUUUGUUGUUUGCUUGGGCAUAUUGAAGCCAGUAAAGCUCGCAUUUACCACUCUGGAGAUGAUUCAGUUGCUUUAGUAGCUCAGACAGUUCUACUCUACGUUUUCAAGAAUAUACUGAAAUUAUUACAUCCAUUCAUGCCAUUCGUAACUGAGGAACUGUGGCAGGCACUUCCCAAUCGGAGAGAAGCUCUUAUAAUAUCUUCCUGGCCACAAACUUCUCUUCCCAGGAGUACUGAUUUGGUAAAAAGAUUUGAAAAUUUACAAGCUCUGGUAAUUUAUGUGCUAGACUGGAGCAAUCCGGAAUGCUAGAGCUGAAUAUUCUGUUGAGCCAGCAAAGCGCAUAACUGCUUCUAUUGUUGGUAGUGAAGAAGUCAUUCAGUAUAUAUCUGUAAGUGUAGUUUGUUUCUUUAGGGUUUGUCUUAU